AUGCCGAACCGUCGCGGUGUAGUCAAAACUGCGCUUCGGCAGACGCUAUCACAAGACUACACGGAAGUAAAUCAUCGACCACCUGCGCUGAUGAUUGGAGCGAUUGGGGAUGAUCUGAUUCUCCCUUAUACUGGGAUACCUCGAACUGCGGUAACGCCGGUCUUUAAAAUGGCAUGCCGCCUCCGUUUCAUGAAACCUGACGUCGAUAUGCUAUUGAGACGUAUCGAUACGCAGUUAGACACUAUGGUCAUCUCAGCGCUUAUUGAAGCUGCCCUUCGGCUGUUGCCACCUGAUAACUCCCCCAAUGGUAGAGCCGAGGCGGAAGAAAGAAUGCGGCAAAAGAGCGAGCGGGCGCUCAUUCAAGAAACAUCUUUCAUUGACCAAAUGAGAGAUCUCGGCUAUCAAUUUCAGACCGAGAGAGAGCAAAAAGAAUCACGACUUAGCCCAACACCUGACAUUCGAUUCCAUGAGCCGGUGUUAGUCAAUGGACACUCAUGCCACUGGAUAGAAUACAAGAACUACUUCGGUUUCAAAGCGAAUCCGUUUAUCACUUCGAAAAACAAGAAGCAAUUUAGGAAAUAUGUCUCUGGGAUAGGACCUGGUGCUGUUGUAUACAAGUUAGGAUAUGAGAUUGAACACAUAGCAAUGAUUGGGGUCGAAACCUUCCGGGAGGCUGAAUUUCUAUAUAACCUGGGACAAGAGUCAAGGCUAAGAAAUUGA